AUGGAUGAAACAUAUUAUGAUGUGAAUAACAAUAAUUGCUCAUUUAUUUCACAAACAGCUACAAGUCCACCGCCAAAUACAGGUAAAAUUGGACAGAGAGAGAGCAAGUGGUUACUGUAGAUUCCAGAGAAAUAUGCUUGACUGAUUUUCAGCGGAUUUUUUGUAAGCCCUCAAUCUGAAUAUUAGGAAAAAUGCAAAAUUUCAAAUAAUUUUUACAAUAAAACAUUCGAGUUUUGCAGCAAUCGAUAACACAUUUGGUGAAUCUCCAUGUAAACGUGCUCGUUUUUCAAAUGAUUCAAACGAUUUACAUUGGCUCAAUUCAAAUGUUCGACUCAUUCUUUCAAAUGAUGAAGAAAUGAUCAUAAGUCGACGAAUUUUGUCAAAUUACUCGAACUAUUUCAAAUGCUUGUUCUCCUCACAAUUCAACGAUUCAAAAUUGGAUUUUUAUAGGCAAGUUCAGGCGGGAAAAAAUAAGUCAGAUUUUUUAUCCUUUUUCUGAUCACACAAUUUUUUUUCAGAAUCCGGAUUGUGAACUCAACUGAUCUUCAUUAUUUACUAACAAUUCCACGGGCUUUUGAGAAUGGUAUCAAACCAGAAUUGUCACUUCAAAGAGCAAUUCAACUCAUUGAACCAGCUGCCUAUUUACAAAUUGAUAUUGCAUUGGAUUAUUUGACUGAUGUCAUUUGUCAACAACUCAACUAUAAUAGUAAGUGAGAAAAUAAGAAUUUCAGGAUGUCUCUGAUUAUUUAACAAAAAUUCUAAUCGCUUUUAUGAUGUACUGAUUCAGAAAUCCAAAAAUAUUCCAAAAUCUUUCAGAUAUUAUUCGAAUAUUUCAUUUAUCUCUACUUUAUCACACACAUUUGGCGUUUCGUGUUUGGCAGGCGAUUUUGAAUCAAUUUCAGAUGGUCAGUUUCAAAACUUUUUUUCCAGUGCUAAGAAUUUUCUUACGUGGCAUUUUUUUCCCAAAUUCUAAUUCAGAAAUUAAAAUUUUCAGCUUGUAAACAGCAACGAAUAUCUGAAUUUGAAUGAAGACGAACUGAUUUUCCUGUUAACUGACAAAAAUUUGAACAUACGGAGUCAAGAUGAAAAACGGAUUGUGGAAAAUUGGCGUCGCCAUCAUAAUUCACUGAAUUCUGCCAAUUUGGCCAAAUUUUCAUUGAUGAAUUUUGCAAGAAAAGUGAUGCCGGAUUCAACGAAAUAUGAAGUUAUUCGAAAUCGGCAGCCUAGGAAUGCAAUCAUCGCAUUUGGUAAGAUCCGCAGAGACGUGGCAAGGAAAAAAGACUCCUUCUGAAAAAAUUCCGAAAAAAUUCCGAAAAUUUUGCAGGCGGUUGGUCAAGUCGAGGUGUCGCUCAAAAAAUCGAAAUCUUCAACACGCGCUGUGAUCGCUGGCAAACAUGCACCUUCAACUACGAGAUUCCAACAAUCAAAAGAGCGUAUCAUGGAAACGAGAUUGUUGACGACAAACUGAUUAUAUUUGGAGGAUUUGGUGGCAAUUCACACUAUCAGACAACACUUUUAUUUGAUUUGAAGAAGAAGGAUUGGAAAUGGGGAAAGAAUAUGCAUGAUUGUCGAUGUUAUGUGUCAAGUGUACAAUUCAAAGAUUCACAAGGUUCCACGAGUAUUUUUGCGUGUGGAGGGUGAGUUAUUUGGGAGUGGGUUUGGAAGAAACUGGGACUUUAGAGAAUGCGAGAAUUUGAAAAUUAAUUUAGAUAUAUCAAAAUUUUGAGCCUGCCUGAUCUAAAAGAUCUUCAAAAGCUGAAAAAAAUCAGGCUUCAACACAACCAUUUUUUCUAGGAUGAAUGGAACCAACCGUCUGAACACUGUCGAAAGAUACGAUGUCGAAAAAGAUAUGUGGACAGAGUGUUCCUCAAUGGCAUUUCAUCGUUCGGACGGUGCAAACACAUUGAUCGGUGGAAAAGUGAUGAGUGUCGGAGGAUUUGAUGGACGGAAUUUUCAUUCGAAUGCCGAAUUGUAUGAUCCGAACACUAAUCAAUGGCAAAUGCUUGGAAGAGGUAUGCGAACGAGGAGAACUGGAUGUUCGGCAGUCACGAUUAUGGAUCAAGUGUGUUUGGUGGUUGGCGGGUUUAAUGGAUCAAAACGAUUGGAUUCGGCUGAGAUGUAUGAUUUGAGAGAAGGGAUUUGGCAUCCGAUGCCAUUAAUGCAUUGUGGAAGGUUGGUUUUGAAUAGAGAGCUGGGAGAAACCCUCUUGAAUUCAGAAGUCCAAAUCACGCAAAUUAUUUUUUGUAGAUCAAACUACGGUAUCAGUGUAAUCGACAAUCAUAUAAUCCACGUGGCAGGCGGAUUUGAUGGUCAAGCAACAACGAAAGAAAACGAGAGACUUGAUUUACGUGUUCGACAUUGGCAAGCACUUCCAGAUUUGAAUGAGCCAAAAUCAGCGCUUCGACUUUUACAUCUCAAUGAUCAUUCAUUUCUCGAUGAUUUAUUCAAUAUUCCUGAUGAUUUUGAUUUGGUAAAUGAAUGGUGA